GCAGCGUGCGGAGGAGGCGCUAACAGAAGAAGGAGGAAAAGGGAAAGAUCAUGCAGAAGCUGCCAAAGAAACACGAGCUCAGCAGGACAAGUUAAAGACUUUGAUAACAGAAAUGAGCCAUCAUGUGAAUACACUUGAUAACUACAAAAACAUGGAUGACUCUGGGAACUUAAUUGUGCCCAUUGAAAAAUAUGAGGAGAUAAAAAGACGUUUAACAGAUAUCAGAGUCACUGCCAAGUAUCAAGGGAUCAAGUUGGAAUUUAAGGAAGCUCAUCACACUGUGCUCAGUCUCCUGGGCUGCAUUAAUGCUAAAGUUCAGACCUGGAGAGCUCCCUACAGGUCCCAGGAGACAGUGGCUCAGCUUCUACAAGACUGGAAUGAAACCAUAAACCGCCAAGGCCAACUUCUGAUUCUGAUGGAGGCUCUUCAAAAGCUAAAGACAAAGGCAAAUGCUUACACCAGCAAAGCAGCGCUGACUGUAGAAUCCCAGCUUGUUAAUCGCCAGGCAAAGGAAGCAGAAAUAGAAGCUGUGUCAAUAAAACAGGCUGUGACGGCUGUUAAAGAGAUGAUGGAGAGGGCGAUAUCUGCAUGGGAGACUUACAACAGCUGCAUGACUUCUCUGCAGACGUGGCUGGCACAGAAACUAGAUUCACAUGACCAGCUGCAGGAUAUAAGUGAGUGGACAUCAUGUCAGGCCAAGCUAAACGAAGCGGGUAACCUCCUUAUCGAAGUAGCAGAACCUUCAACCAGCCUGGUACUGACAGCGCAACUCAGCAAAGUCAACAUGCAGUGGGCUGAAUGCAUGAAGAGGAUAAAGUUUGAGGUGUCAUCAGAGCCCAGUGUCUGCCCCAUGUAUCUUCAAACGAUGCAUUCACUGACUCAGGAGGCCAGCGUGCUACUAAGACUGCCACUGGAGGUGGCCUCAGUUCCACUGAAGGCUAACAGACAGAAACUACAGCUACUGAGUAAAAAGAUGUCAGAGUUGGAUGCUUCGUCUCUCAGUCCAUCCUCAGACUUCAAAAUCCCACAGAUGCUUACUGAAGCUGAGAGAGCCUGUGGAGAGCUGCAGAAUGCUGCAUCCAGACUGGAGGGCCGUCUGGCUGAGCUGGACUGUUGGAGAACAGAGGCUCUGGACUGUUACCAGCAACUAAAGGAGAAGAAGCAGACAGGACGGCCUGCAUUGGAAUCUUCAGCCAAAGCCCUGCUCUCUCAAGGCAUGCAGCUGGAGAACCAGGUCACAGAUGAGGGCCAGGAUCUGCAGGAACUUGUGGCACAAGUACAGAAAACUUCUCCUCUGCACCAUCUCAGUACCUCCUGCAUGCAAAGUAGGAUCUCAGAGGCGGUUUCCAAAAGCCAAGGGAUCUUUGAAAUGUUAAGCUCCCUUGGAUUACAGCAGCAUGUUGGAAAAGCCCAGUGGAUUCAGCCAAAGCCAGGGUCAAUUGUUGUUGCCAGAACCAAACAUGUUGAACAGAUUGGGAAUGUUAUGCUGCGAACCCCAAACCCAAAUCGGAUUUUAACAGGGUUUUCAUCUCAGAAGCCUCAGCAAAGGACAAAAGCUCUCCAACAAGUUGUUACACAAGAUGAGCCAGCUAUUGUCCAAGUCCAGAUGCUGCCAAAGGCUUUAAUGGAACCAGCACAGCAAAUUCACUCUCCUGUCACUCCAGCUACAAAAGAAGCUGAAUCUGAACUCAUCAAACAACCUCAGCCUUUUUCCCAAUCCAACGUUCGAGCUCCAAGUCCAAGUCAACAUGAUAAACAACUAGCUCCUGCUGGACCAACAUGUCCAAAAAGUCCUGCUCUAUCUAAACACUUACCAAGUCCAGUCUCUAAGGUGGAAGGAAGCCCAUCUCCUUCACAACCUCAGAGAAUAAAAUCCAAAAUCAGCCAAAUAAAAACUCUACCAAGUGAAAGAAAACCUCCACUGCCACCAGUUAUGGACCGCAGUGAGGUUCAUUCAAAGGCCCAGUCAAUGGCAAAGAGCAGACUGCAGAAGGCCAGAGUCCAACUUCAGGGACGCAUCCAGCAAGCCAUCAAGCUAUUUGGUAGCAGAGAGAUUUCAGUGGCACAAGCCAAGAAGAAACAGAAAGCUUUAAAAGUUCUGCAGCCUGCCAUCCUUGAGGAGUUCCUGGGUGCAGUGGAAGGGUUUGGGGCCUUUUGUUCAGGGUCCCAGCUACAGGAAUUGAUGCUUCUAUCUGACUCAGUCAGGAAACAGUGGGAGGAUGUACACAGAGAAAUUGCUGCUUUCGUUCCCAUUUUAUGGUCUCAGAUCAGAGCGGGAAAGCAGUCAUUUCCUGAUGUGAUAUGUGAAACUCAAACUAACAAUCUGCACGAAGCCACUCACCAGACUGACCCUGAUUCAGUGCUGCAGCAGCAGGCUGUCAUGGAUGAAGCUUUAUCUGCUGAAGAACGAGCCCAGUCACUCCAGGAGCUGAGUGACUCUCUGAUACAGAGAGAACCUGCAUGUCUCACUACAGACCAACCAAGGGAGUCACAUGAAACAGAGGAAACACAGCAUACUGACACAAUGCUUUUAUCUGACAGCAGGGGAGAGCAGCUCAGAGCGAACACCCCGCUGAGAGCGACUGGCACCUUGGCCGACACACAGCGGAGCAACAAUCUCCUACAGAAACAAAGCCCUGACAGCCAACAACAAGAGCCGUCACCCAUAAGUGUUGCUCUGUCAGUGCAGCCGUGCAGUGAUAUCUACCUGGUCCACGCUCAGGAGGUCCCAGCUGAGGGGAUAGAUGAACGCUGUGAGUCUGGGAGGAAUCUUAAACCUGCACUACGAGCCAAAGAGCAGCAGCUGACAGCUCGUCUUCUGGAUAUCACAGAGAGCGACAAGCCAACGCAGGCUCAGAUACAGGCUGUUGUCAGGGGCAACACCGUAGAGACCAAGCAGGAGCCAGAGUGGACCAUCAUCCCCGAGCCUGUCACCCCAACACAGGAACAGCACUCUACUGGACAGGAAGUACUGGAAAGGUAUAGAAAGUCCUUGUUGGUAUUUAGAUCAAAACUCCAAAAGAACAAAAACCAUUUGGAGGGGUUCUGUCCAGAGCCCGUCAACAUCUCCAACCUGCAGAAACAAAGAGAGCAUCUGCAGACUUUAAAGCAGGAGACAGAAGCACUAUGGCUUGAGUUUGAGCUCCAGUAUGCCCAGCUCUCCCAGUUACCUCAGCUGAUGACCAGUGGUAAUAAGGCUGAAGUGGAAAGAGACUGGGAGCAGCUGACUCAGCAGUGGAGAGGACAACAAAUGUGCCUGCAGAGCAGGAUGUCAUCUUUAGAAAAUGCUGCUGACUUGUUGGAGUCUGCAGACAAUCAGAUGGCACUGAUUGAAGAAAAAUUGAACCGGCUCAUCAAGGAGUCUGUGGACGUCUCCUCGCUCUCUCUGGCUGAUCCUGGAGUUGUUUCCAAUUUAAAGGAGAUGGAUGUCAGACUGCAGUCUGAAAUGGGAAAUCUAUCCGCACAAGCUGAUAAAGUGACAUUCCCUCCAUCACUUGGUCAGGCUCUGCACAGCAGUGUCCAUCAUCAGGAUCAGCUCAGACAGCAGCUGGAGAAGGUUCAGUCAGCUGCUCAGGCUCUGGAUCGCUUCCUGGUCACAGUUAGGGAAGUUAAAGCUGAGUUCCCAACCCUGCUGGCAAAGCAUGACCCCAGCAGGCAGCACAACGGAGCAAACUUGGAGCAGGAGAGACACUCUUGGCAGCAGAAGUUACAGUCGACUGCAGAACAAGCUGACAGCAGCUUAAAAGCAGCGGGGCUGACUCUGAGCAUGCAUGGUUUGGCUGUGACGUGCCAGGAUGUGGUGACAUCAUCGUUCCAGCAAACUGUGGAGAAAGAGUCGAUGAGACACAAAAAGAUGGAGAGGGAAAAGGAGCUAUUUCUGUCGGGACAGGAGGAAAUCCAGGAGAAUGAAGCACUGACUCCUAUGGAGACACAUCAGACAAACACCCAGGAUGAUUUACUGGAACAGGAAAGAGCACAGCAGCAGGAGAAUCUAUCUCCAAAUAUAAUGGAAGAGGAGUCAGAGUUGGAGGCCAAAAGAAGGAGACUGGAACAAAAUAAUGAAACAGAGAGCAAAAGAGAGGAAGAGCUAAAGGCUCAGUCUGAUAUAAAAACCAAACCUGAUAGGAGAUGCAGAAGAAACAGCCAGGUUAAGAAAGAAGAGGAGAAGACGGAGAGUUUUGUUCAGAGGAGAGCUGCCUUGUUAGCAGAACUGAAGGAAAUACUUGUUGCAGCUGAACAGCUGGGGUUAAAGGAGCCCACCCUGCCUGCUCUGCAACAGAGGAUACGUGCCUUAAAAGAGCUGGAGAGUCGUCUUGCUGGCCACCAUGCAGAGCUGCAGCACUUUCAAGAAGCAGCAUCACAAGCAGGGAUCUCUGAUGGGAGCCAAACUAGAGAAGUGGCAGAGGUCUGGGAGGAGACAACGAAAGCUGUGACUGAGCGGCUGGAGCAGUGUAGCGUCCUAACUGAGCUGCUGAAGAGGUUUCAGGGCAUUCGUGGCAAACUGAGUGGCACCCUACAGAAAGCAGAGAGCACCAUAAAUGAACAAGCUUCCUACAUGGGGAAAGACAACCUGCAGAGACUGCACACUAAGGUCCAGGAAACAAAAGUACAGCUGAGCGACCUUGGUGACGGGAUAGAAGAGGUUCGCAGUGUUUGCAGACAGCUACACACUCAUCUGCGUCAGAUCCCAGAAUGCACCAUCAUCUCAUAUGAGGAGGAAGCAGAUGCUCUCAUGGACCGCUGGCUGGAUAUAUCAGAAAGAACAGACUCCCACCUUGAAAACCUUCACCGUGGCCUGACUCUGUGGGAGGGGGUCCUCCAGCUGGGAGCAGAGGUAGAAAGCUGGACCACCAAUAAACUGUCAGUAUUUGCUGAGUCUCCAUCCUUUCAGUCAGAGGAAGAUAUCACAGCCUUACAGAAUGAGAUUUCAGCCCAAGAGGACAACAUGGAGUGUUUCCACAGAAGAUCCACUGAGAUUCAGGCGCUGCUUCAGAGCACAGAGCCCCCUCUGGAGCUGCAGGUUGUGGAGACUCAGAUGAGGAAGAAGACAGAGGAGCUAAAGGAGCUUGCCUCUGAAGCCGAGGAUGUUUACAGGCAGAUGGUGGCUGCUAAAGGACAAAUCACCAUCAGGAUGGCUGAUUGCACCAACUCCCUCCAGAAAAUCCAAGACUCCCUCCUCACUCUCAGUGGAUCAGAUGUUGGAACAGUCCUUGCAAAACUAAAGGAUCUUCUAUUUGAGCUCCAGACUCAGGAUGAGCAGGCAGAGAGUGUGUUGGAGGAUCUGCGUGUUAUUUCCUCCAUAGGGAGUUCAGACAGCCUUCAGAGUCUUUCUGCAGACGGGAUUCAACUGCAGAAGAGAGUCCGAAACACUCACCAGCUUUUCUCAGAGGUUGAGGAACAGACUGAGAGGAACAUCCAGGCUCUCGACAGGCUGCAGCGGGAGAGUGAACAUUUGAAACAAUGGCUGCAAGUGGUCGAGGAAAAAUCAGCAAAUAAGGAAGACCUGAGUUUUCUGCAAGAGGAAGCACUUCAACAUAGUGUGAGGACAAAGGAAAUACAUCAGCUUGUAUCAUCCUUACAAAACAGCAACCUCCGGGAGUCCACUCUGGUAGAAGAGGGUCGCAAACUACUUGAGAAAUACAACAACCUUCUGACAAAUGUUCUACAUGUCUCCUCUGAGGGGCAGAGCUCUCUGAGCAGAGAUAUCCAAACAUCUCAUCUGCUGUCAAAGUAUGCUCAGUCCUCUGCUGGAGACCCGAGACAAACUGUGGACUCUUCAUGUGGUGAAAAAGCUUAUAUUCAGCUUUUCAAAGAUGGGAGACUUCAACCUGCUCCAGAUGCAGGUUCCAGCCUUAAGGAAGAUGUGUGUGAUGUGGAACAAAUUUGCCAGUUAAUACAGGACUGCCACCAAAGAUUGACUUCCCUGCAAGAAAGAUUGUCAGCAUGUCAGACCCAGAAAGGAAACUUAAAUUCACUGACCAGUGAUGCACCAGCUCUGGAGGCUUUGCUACAAGAGGUAACAGACAUGGAAAAAGACCUUUUACAAAUUGUUACACUCAAGGACUCUACAGCAGCCAGUUCCACAGCCGAGGUGCAGGCAAGCCUCUGUCAGCAGAUCAGCAACCUUCAGAACCACAAGAGGGCACUAGAAGGCAGUAUCAGAGAAAAUCUGACUAUGCUCACAAAGAGAAACCAAAGAGCUCAACAAGUCAAGGAAGAAGUCUGCUCUGUGCAGAAAGCAGUGAAAGACCUGAGGGAAAGUUUGGGAAAUCUGCAUGAGAGUUGUGAAGUUUUACCUGAUAUCAGCCUGCUCAGACAGCAGUGGUGCAAAUUACAGGAUUGUGACAGCAGGCUGACAGAGUUGGCUGCAAAAGUUUCUGAUCUGCAGAAGUCUGAAGAGUCAAGAAUCACAGAAGAAAUUCUGCCUGCAGAUGUCACUUUGUCUCUGGAAGCAGCUACUAAAGACCUUGACAGCCUCAGGUCUGUUUUUCUGCAAAAUAAGCAUGAGUGCGUAGAAAAGACUGCUAACAGGAUGAGAGAGGCCAUCAGCCAGCUGGAGAAGUGGAGCCAAACAAAACAAGCUGAACCAUCAUUAACCAGCAAGGCUGCUCUAGAUGAAGGUUUGAGGCUUCAGAAAGCUGUAGGUGAUGUGCUCUCUGAUCACCAUUUCCUUCUGGACUGUCUGGGAUCAGAAGUGGCAGAAAGACUGGAGAAAAGUGCCUUGGAUGCUCUUCAUGAAAGUUCAUCUGCACUUGAAGAAUUGACAAAAUGCCUGGUUGUUAAAAUCCCGCGUGAAGAGAAGACUGACCAAGCUUUGCUGAGAAGAGUGCUUGAAGAAACAUUAAGAAGUGAAAGGGAAACUCUUGAGGAAACUCAAGCUAUGCCUUCUCCUGCUGAUUCUGCAUCCAGCAAGGAAAACUCUCCAAGUGAUCAGAAAUACAAUCAAAUCAUAACCAAAUGUACUUCAGAAACAGCCAAAGAAGGUGCUAAUCACCUCCAUACUGUGGACAUCUUCAAAUCAGAAACCCAACAAGACUCCAAAAAAUUAACAUCAACUCCAAGAAAUACAGAAACAAACUUCCAGAUUAACCCUGGUCUUAAAGAUCCCAGUGAUGAUGAUGGUUGUGAUCCUUCAAGCAGUGAGCACAGAACACUUUCAGGAAAUAACAAACAUUUAAUGACUGAUUUUCUUUCUCCUCUCAACAACGGUUUUAUAGUCCAGAAAGAAAACCUUGAGCCAUUACAGGAGGACAGUAGCUCUAUCCAGGACCUGAAACUGUCAGUUUCAAUCCCAGACGUUGCCAAAGAAAUCAAUCCAGCACCUCAUGUCAUGUCCCUAGUUCGAUCCAGGCCAGACAACGUCCCUUUCUCUAGCCCUGAAAAUGUGUCUGAACAUCUAGCAUCACAAACUGAACUAUGUAAGACAGCUGCAGAUGUUCAAACACAACAGAAACAUGAUGAGGAGAGCCCUAAAACCCCUAAGAAAGUUUAUACAAUUGUGUUAGAGAUGGAGCCACAGGACAUGCAGAUAAAGGAAAAUGAAGCCGCUGAUAUACUCCGUUGGACACAGGGAGUGUGGAAUACAGAGCUUGUUUCUGGUCCAGAAUUUUCUGAGAAUAAAUCAGAACUUUCUGCAACAUUAAUCAGCUCUGAAUCAGAUGAGGCAGACUUGAAAUCACUAUAUUCAGAAGCACAAUCUGGAGGUUAUACAGCAGGCAGUGAUGCUCAAGGAAGAGAGAAUUCCUAUGGGGAUAUCAAUGAAACCCAAAGGAAAGUGUUGGACAUGGAGCCUCCAGAGUUUCAGCAACAGGACAUGCAAGAAAAGGAAAAUACUGGGUCCUGUAGUCCAAAUUUACCCACAUUUCCACUUGUACAAGCUUCAAGUAUCAGAGUUCCUGAGGAGGAAUCUAGCCUCUUUACAACUCUAAUUAGUCCUGAAUCAGAUGAAACAAACUUAAAAAUAAGUAAUACUCUUACAUUAAAGGAGUCUCAAAUGACAGAAUCGCUGUUAGAAAACCCUCUGCAGGAUGUUACAACAUUCUUUGAGGGUGUAAAACCCACAAGUGCCAAUUUAUCAUUCCAAGAAGCCCAUGCGGUAAUGCACGAUGAGGUCUUAAAUUCCUCCGAACCAUGUGUCAGUGUUGCUAAAAGUCAGCUCAUUGGUGCACAUGCAACUGGAGUGACAUUUCCGGAUGUCAAAGCAGAGGAGAUGACAGAUUUCUGUCUGCCUGAAGGGCAAACAAUGAGCUCAGUCUUGUGCAGUGUGGAGGGAGAUACCAUAACAGAGACACAAAUACUUGCCAGUGAUAGUAAACAGCAGACUAUGGCUCAGAGCAACGGUACAAGAGAAAACACGGAAGACCACAGUGGCCUUGAACGCCCGGAAUUUGAACUCUCAAAAUUGCCCAAAAGACGACAUGAGGAGAUACUGCCAUUAGAAGAACGUGAACGGAUACCUGCUUCACUGGAGGACACAGGAGAGACGCAGACACAGCCUCAGAUACAGGAAAGCAUGGAGCCUGAGAGGACAGCGCCUGGUUUGAAAGCUGAUCUACCAGCCGGGGAGGUGACAGGUGGAUCACCUGAGAGCUGCAAACACAAGUCCACCAUGCAGGAUAUUCUGAGAGAGAUACAGAGCCUGGUGGAAAGAAGCAACAUCAUAAAUCGGACUCCUCACAUCGAUUUGAAUUGGUACCUGAAGUUUUCUCCUGGUGAAGCAGAGAUUCGACUGAUUCGGACUGUCCAAAAAGUUUUGGCAUGUCGUUAUCAACCAGCACAGCUUGACGUCAAUGCCAUGGCCAAACAACUGCAGGAGGCAGAGGACUACAGGCGCUGUGUGCAGGAUCAAGUGGCUACAAUGAAAAGUAGCAAUGGUUCCAGGAUUUGUCCCCCAAAUGCAUUGAAAAGUGUUGAAGCUCAGUGUAGUGCUGCACUACUGGAUGCUUCUGCCACAGUGCAGGUCAAAACAGCACAGCUGGACGAGGUCAAACAGUAUCAGAAACAGAUGAAGAUCAUUCGAGCUUUCUUGGCUGUCGUGGCAGUUGAGAAGGAAAAAAUGAGCCUAGAUAUUCUGGGAAGCAAUGCCGUCCAAACAAAUAAACUCAAUGGCCUUCUGCAAACAAUGCUACUGAAGAAGGGCCUCAUGGACGAACUCCUCCGGAUAAGUAGUCAAUUAUCAGUCCAUUUGAGCGAUGCUGAGAGCUCAGGUGCUCUUCUUGCCCAGCUUGGAGACGUCCAAGAGGAGUGGAGGCUUUUAGAAGGAAGUAUCAAAAGAGCUCUGCAGCACUCUUCAAGCUCCACCUCUCAAACCUCUCUCAUCAUAAAAGACACCAAACAGCUAAAAGCAAAGCUUGAGGCUCUUCAGACGUCUGACUUUGAAAGCAACGACAGCAAAAGUGCUUUAGAGUUUGUCUGUCUCACCACAGACCUCAAACUGUACAACAAGCUCUAUCUGCAUUUACAAUCUGAAGCAGACGCUCUUGUCACUUUCUCUCUGGGUCAGAAAGAGAAGGAUGAGAUCAUACAUAACCUUCAAGAAGUGGGGUCUUUGAUAAACGUCACCAAGAGCAAGCUUGACCUAUCAACGUACAGCUCUUCUGCUAAGAUGAACAAGCAAUUACAAGAUUUGAUCACAUGGGCCAAGCAGGCAGAAAACCACAUCUCUAUUGGGAAAAAGUUAGCUCUUUUCCCAGAGGAGGCCAGGAUUCAGAUUUCUGAGAUGAAGAAGUUUCAAACGGAUAUUUGGUCUCGAAGGUCCAAGAUGCAGGAGGAAGUUGAACAGAUGAAAGAUAUGGACACUGGCAUGGAAAAAGAGGAGAUUGACCAAGUAUUUAAGACCGUGGAGGAUUUGUAUGAAGCCAUCGCUGACAGCUUGGAUCAUGUUCUUGAUACCAUGAAGAAAAAUCUAAUUGAGAGGGAGAAAAUGUUAUGCCAACUUGCCAGCAUGGAUGCCUGGCUUGCAGAAAUGCAUGCUAAAAGAGACCCCUGUGUGCAUGUCGACAAUGUUUUAAAAGCUGACAUUAGAGAGCUGGAGAGCGAGCUGAAAAGUCACAAAUUUACCACAAUGAAGAUUGAGAGCACUAUAAAACUGGUGGAAGAAAUGGCAGAAAGAUGCAAAGAAAUCGCAGUAGGGUUAAGUCCAGGAGAGAGUCGCUAUCUUGUCAACAGGCUGUCAGGCCUUUGGACAGAAUUAGAUGGAUUAUUAGCUCUUGAGAAAGCAACAAGCUGGGAAUUAGAGGAGCUGAUUUAUGAGAGAACCUCUUCAGAUGAGGAGUUUUCAACAAUUGAGGCAAGUUUAAACCAAAUUUCUGCUGAUUUGGAGCAGAAAAAGUUCCCUUUAACACAGGAAACCAUUUCAACAGCUGCCCUCUGGAAGCACAUGCUUAUGGAGCAGCAGUGUCAAGUACAAGAGAUUCAGCACUGCCAGGAGGCCAAGCGAAGCUUCUUGUUGUGCAAAAUUGGGAUGCUGCAAGACCAGUGCAAAGCUUUGAGUGUUAAUGCCUUUGAACAAGACAAAUAUCUGCACCUCAAGAGCCAAAUGGAGAAAUCUAGAGACAUCGCCAAAGAGCAAAUCCAGCAUGCCAAAGAUAAAGGAAUAAACUUGGGUCAGAGGUUCAGACAAUGCCAAACUCUCUUAGUUGAACUUCCCUUGGUGAAGACACAGUGUCAGGAAGCGGCUGACCAGCUGGAGGCUAUAGCUCCGGAAUUGAACCCAACUGAGCUGAAUUCAGAGCAGCAGAGUAUUCGCCAAUCUGUGGAAACCUUAGUGUCCUGGGAGAAUUCUGUCACAGAUGAUAUCAAAGAUUUAGAGGCCAAGCUUCUGCUGGGGCUGCGUUUUAGCUCUGAACUUCCUGCCUUAAUAGGGUUUUUCCAGCAAACAAGAGAGGAGCUUGAGCGAGCCACACCUGUCAGCCCAGAAGAAAAAGCCAUCGAUGUUGCACUAAGAAGGUGUUGGGUUAUUUGGAGAAAUAUGGAGUCGGGUAUAAGGGUCUUGGAGGGCCUGAGUCGAAAAGAAAAGAUUAACCUGAGGAAGUACAAGGACCUGUACUCUCUUCGAGAUUCAGCCAUGCAAGAGUGCCAUGAAAGAAUGGAGAGUUUAUCUCAAGCCCGAGAGUCCUUGAAAGAUUACCGGUGGGCUGCACAAGGUGCAAUCAGUUUCCUUCAUAAUGCUGAAGCCACCUUCCUCUCAGCUCCUGGAGGGUUUUUGGACUGUACCGAGGAAAAAAGACAGACUCAGAAAGCUUUAGAGACGCUUGAAGAUGGAUUUCAGGCUCAUAUCAGCCACCUUUUGGAUCUGGUGCCCCAACAACCCUGCUUAUCUCGCUCAAAGACUGAGCAUCUCCACAUCAGCAUCUUCAGUCAGUUGUUAGUGGGAAGAGCCAUACUGGAGGCUCAAGCCCAGCUCAGACUAGAGUCCUUGCAGAGGUGUGAAGAAAGACAAAAAAGCCACAGGAGGUGUCAUGAUGACAUUCGACAGCAUCUGUCAGUGCUUGAGUCUCAGCUAUCGGAAUGUGCUGCAGAACAAAUCACAUCAUAUGAUAAAUGUGUUGCCCAACAAAAAAGAGCAAAGCUCCUGAUGGAAGAUCUUCGCUGCCUUGCUGCUAAAAUAGACGACUUGAGAGCAGGUUGUCCGAUGCAGGGCUGUGGAGUUGGAAAGGAUGGCGAACUGGGUGCCCUCUGGAGGCGCUGGGUGUCAUUACGGCGUGGUAUUGGCCUUUUGAUGGCACAUACAGAACAGAGAGGAGAGGAAUGGAAGGACAUCACUACAAGUAUGGAGCAGUGUUGCAGCUUCUUGGCCAGUCUUCAGGCUGAAGUUCCUGAUUCCUCCACCGUAAGCUUCACUCAGGAGGAACCCCAGGAGCUUCUGGCUCAGGCUGAGAUGCACCAGGCUGGGCUGGAACAGGAACAGCAGGCCUUGGCCUCCCUGGAGCAUCGACUAGAGCACGCCUUAAGCUUAUCUAGUUCCCAUGAUCCCAUCAGCCCAGGACCUGUUGGGAAAUCCCUUGUGAAGAUCCAGGAGAAUGUCAGGAGCUUGAAGGAGAGAAACCAGCAGGUGGUCGCUGCAGCCCAGGCAGAGGAGAAUGAGAGACAGCAAGUCCAAGAGAAAAUAGAGGAGGUGGACCAACAUGUGUUGGCUAUACUCACUUCACUAGAGGCCUGUUCAAAUCCAAGCAAACAACAGGUGCUCAGAAAGGAUCUGUCCUCCCAGAAGGCAAAAUUAAAAUGCAUCAUGGACGAUGUGCAGAGACGGUACGCUGAAAUACCGUCUGACAUUAGCAGGAGGUUACAACAAGUUCAGCUGUCUCUGAGAAAAGAAGAGGAGAAGCUCAUGGAGAAGAGCAUCCCGGUUCAGAAGCUGAAUCGUCAGAUGGUCGAGUUGGGCUCUGGCUUGGAGAAAGUCCGAAUAUUACUGGAGCAGAAGAGUCCAAACGCCACUGAAGCUCAACUAGUACUCAAGCGUGUGUGGGAUGAGCUGGACGCAUGGCACAGCCGGCUGAUGCUCCUGGAGAGUGAAGUUCAGGAUCUUGCAGAGGAGCAUCCAGAUCAAGCUCACUUACUCAUGGACCAGCUCACCCAGCCGCUGCAGCUCUACCAGAACACAGCACAGAUGGCCGAGCAACGCACCGCUUUCCUCAGCAAGAUCCCUGGCUGUCUUCAGGAGUUUGAAGACAUUGUGCACAGCGCCACCUGCUGGUUAGAUGAGGCUCAGUCAUGGCUUGGUGCUCCCUGCUCGUUCACAACAGCCAGAAGUCUCCAGAAUCACGCAAACUCCCUGCAGCUGGUCCUUGAUGACUCUGAGAGGAUCAGAAGUGCCCUGCAGGACUUCAGGCCAGUCCUGGAUGAGGUCUCUGCAGUGUGUGACAUCAGCGCCCAGGAGGAGAAGUUAAACCACAGUGACCAGCAGGUUGACAACAUGCAAAACAAAGUCCUGGAGCCACUGGAGCUGCUCCUGCAGGCUGCUGAGGUGGUAGAAGAAACUGAAACGGAGCUGAAGACAAUGGAGAAGAAUAUCCAGAAGAUCAGAGCCAUUUUAUCCUCCAUGGACAACGCAGACAUCACUCUGACAGAACACCUGCAAAACAGACAGGUGAUCCUGGCCAAUGUGAAGUCGAUGCAGAGGACGCUGGAGGAGAUGGAGAAAUGCAAAGGAGAUCUUCAAGUCCCAAAGGGAGCAGAAGAGAGCCUGCUGGUUUUCUCCAGAGCCAGACUGCUGCUCCAACAACUUAAGGAGCUGGAGCAACUCACUCAGCAACAGGCAACCCUGCUGGAGGACAAGAUAAAGGAGGAGGAUCUGAGCAUCUCCAAAACCUUGGACACCCCCAAACAAAUACGAUCUGCACAAAAAAGCCUUAUCCAGCAGGAGGCUUUUGAGGUGUCUAGCUCAGAGGAAGAGGAAGAUGAGGAGAACAACAGUUGUCACUCGUCGUCCUCCUCUGACACACUAACAUGCAGUAUACCAGAGGACCCAGAGGACACACUUGAUGCUUCAGAUGUGCAAAAUGAGAAUGCUACUGAAACUGAGCCUCUGUCAGGAGUUAAGAAGCUGGAGAGUUUGCCAGGUCAGAUAAUUUCUGAAGUGGAGAUGAGCUCAAAAGAUGCUGGAAUGUUAUCUGUGAAGCCUGUGCUUGGUUCACAAGACUCUGCAUCGGGAAGUAUUGGCUCCACAUCAGUAACUUCGGAUUCUAAAGUUGCUGAUUCUGGUAAUAGAUCGAGCCCUGAAACUGUGACAGAUGAGUCGCUCAUUACUGCGGCUGACAACAAGAUUAAACAGGACCAACAAGGAUCACCACAACAUGAAAACCUCAGCUCAGACCUUCAAAUAAAGCCCCUUCAGGCAGCGGCUGCAGUAGAAGACAUGAGACUGAUUCCUCUAAGAACCACAGCUUUAUCCAACUCCAAAAUGGCAUCUGAGGAAAAUAUAUUAGAGAGAGACAAAGAUCAUUCUUUGUCCACAGAAAUGCCUCAAGAUCUGGAUAAUCUGAAUGAGCUCAAGGAGCAAACUGAAGUGGACAACGUUCAGAGUGGGUUUGUAGAGGAAUCCCGACAAGCCCAGGAGUCACCUGAGGUGCCAAUCAGCUCAUCUGGACAAGAAGAAAACGACACAGAGCCGCAGAGGUGGAGUCGACUUUACACCCAGAUCUCUCAAAAACUGACCAUGCUGAAAAAAGUGAAGGAGGAGCAUCAGGACCUGAUAAAAUCAGAGGAGGAAGAGACUCAUGAAAAGGUUCCACAAAAAGCAUCUGUGUUUGCUUGUGCUGCUCUCCAUCAGACUAAUGAGUCCAUCAACAUGCUGACACAAAUAUUGAGCUCUGCUGACAGCUCAGAUCCAGCUGUGAGUCAAGAGUUGUAUGAUGCUGUGAGGAAGGUCCUCCUCUGCCUGGACACUUUGACAGACUUUUUGGUGACUCCUGGUGGUUCUGAUGAAGAUGAUCUUCGUUUGAAGCUGAUACAGAAUGAGUGCUUAUCAGCAGAGUUGGGGACUGUUUCUGAGCUCCUGAGUAAAGUGGAGUCAAACACCAAACCGUUGCUUUCGAAUGAGGAACCAGAGGCUCUGAGCUGUUUGACCUCCCUGCAGGAUUGUUUACACACAGUCCAGCUGGUCUUCACCUUAUCACGCAGUAAGCUCAUUGAACAUCUGGACAUCACGAACCAGCAGCAGGAGCUUCCCUUCAACAAAACGUGUAUCCUGGACGAGUUUGGACUGGGAAGAAGUGAAGUUUUCCCUAGCAUAAAAGAUGCUCCAAGUUUGGAGUGCGUGUUGGGCAGACAUCUGAGGGAGGGUCCAGGGGAAAAAGUGAAACUACAGCAGGCCUCUCAGUCCUUGCUUCAGGGGACGACUCGCCUCCUGGAGCUGGGUGAAGACUGCAUCACAGAGAGGCAGAUGAACCAGGUCCAUAACCGCUGCCAACUUCAAGCCGAUCUCUGCAGACAUAAGAAGCUCCUGCAGGUCCUCAGAUCUCAGUUGGCUUUUGUUCAGCAUCUGUUCCUGUGUGAGCCAAGAGCGCUCGAGUAUCAGGAGGAUGAGCGGGUCCAGCUGGAAGUCAGAGCCAAAGCUUUGCAGCAGCAGGCUCUGGAACAAGAAGUGGCUUCUCAAAGGAGGAUCCAGGAGUGGAUCCGGUGGGAGGAUAAUUGUGGUCAACUUGGCAGGCUGCUGGAUGAUAUUGAAGCCUUCAUUAGCAGUGAAGAGCCAGAGGGAGACGAUGAGGAGUUAGUACAGGACCGUUUAGAUCUCUGCCAGCAAACUCUGGUCCAGCUGGAUGAGAGUCGAGCCGCUUUAGGACUGCUCCUGGAUCAGAGGAAGUCACUGCAGACGGAGCCAGCGCUUGCUGCCACAGUUAGUCACACAGGAGGCGCCGUGGAGCAGCGAUGGCAGAGUGCCUACAGAUGGACAGAGCAGGAGAUUCAGCGCUGCAGAGACAUCCAGGACAGGCAGGCCAGAUUCCAGAAAGACUUCACCUCCAUCAGUGAUUGGCUGGUCAGUGCCAAUAAACGCCUGAAGAAUUGGUCAAACAUGGCUGAUAUUUCUGAGCUGAACAAAGAAUGUGUUAACAACGGUCUGAUUGAGCUGCUGGACUUCUUCAUGGAGGUAGAAUCAAUGUCAGUGAAGAGGGCAUCUGUGUCACAAGACGCCUCUCAGCUGCUUCAAAUGAGGGAAGCAGACUGUCCCAGGCUGAGAGCCCAGCUCAGCCAGCUGGAUGUAAACUGGAGCCAGCUGACCACUGAUCAGUCUAAGAUACAUGACAGACUGCAGCAGCAUCUGCUGGCAGUGUGGCCUCCUUUAAACCUGCUGUGUGAUCUGGAGGACUGGCUUGCGAAGCAGGAGGCUCGACUGAACCAGGAGACAGAAGCUGUCCACAAGGCUGAAAAUGCUGCUCAGAUCAGUGAAAUCCUGCAGCACUACAAGGAGUUGAAGACAGGUAUGACAAAUGGGCAGCUCCUCCUUGACUUCCUGUGCCAAUCCGGGCCUCAGGUGGUUGGAGCGGACGUCCAGGCCCACUGCUCUGAACGUACAGAGUUUGCAGAGAACCUUGGUGCCUUGAGACUGAAAUGGCUGCAUGCUCAGAGAGAGCUGGAGAGCCAGAUUAGAGAGGCUGAACAGAUGCGUCAGACAUGUGCAGACAGAGAAAAGCAGUUAAAGCGCCUUCAUUGCUGGAUAAGACGGCAAGAAAAGCAGCUCAAUUUCUGGAAAAAGCCCAUCAGUCAAACUCUGGCACAGAAGGCUCUGCAGGAGUCAGAGGCUGUUGUAAACAGAAUGAAGGAGGUGGCAGAAGCUUUGCAGAAGUUGAAACUUAAACAAGUAUGUCUUGAAAAGGAAGAGGAUUAUCCCUGUGAUGUGUCUUUCUCCAGCCAGACAGAGCAAGCUUUCAAGGCUUGUGAGGAUCUCAGUCAGCAGCUCAAAGCUCUGACACCAACUCUUCAACAGACCGUGGAGGAGUGGGGAUGUUUCAAGCGAGAUCUGAGGGAGGUUUCUAUGCACACCACUAGGGUGCGCUGUGCUCUGCAGCAUCAGCGAGCUCCUCUGUUCUCACUGAAGCAGGCAGAAGUAGACAAUGACCUCCUCCAGAAACUCCAAGAGACAGCCGGAAAGGAGGGAGAGAUUUGGGUGACCUUGGACAAAUCUUGUGAAAGUCUUGUGAAGAAUCUACAUCAUGGAACAGCUCAGGCUGUGAGGGAUCAGAUGGAUGGAGAGAGAAAACGGUGGAAGGUUCUGCUGCAGGAUCUAAAAGACGAACAUGUGAAGACUGCAGAGACACUUUCUCUCUGGCAGCAGUAUGCUCAGCUCUCUGACCAGUGCUCCAUGAACCUGCAGAAACUGAGGCGUCAGUGGGACGUGCUUCUGUCAUCCUCACCUCAACAGGACACACAGGAUGUGGCUCACUCAGUGGAGACAUUGCAAGAGGCUGCUGAAAAUUUGCAAAGCAGCAUGGGAAAUGUCCUUUCUGCCUCAAAGUGUGUAAUGGGACGACUUCAACCUCUGGCUGCAAAUUUAAUCCAAUCAGAGACCAGACUCUUGUCUCGUGAUGUGUUGCUGCUGAGCCAGGCAAUUUCAGGCAAAAAGAAAAGUCUUCAGGAGUGUUUGGAGCAGCAGAAAAAAUUUCAUGCUGAACUGGAGGACGCUGAGAAGCAAACACAAGACAUUCAGAAUAAAAUGAACGCCAGCUCAAAUGACACAGACUCUGUGAAGCAGGUUCUGUUGGAGCUCAGUGACCUGUUUGCGUCACUGGUAGACGUCAGAGAGACGAGCAGCUUCAUGCCACUAAAGAACAAGGAGACAGACAGACUGAAAACACUCAACAGGCAGUGGGCUAAAAGCAUGAUUCACAUGUCUGACAUAAACAGAAAGCUGCAGGCUGAGUAUCAGUGCUCUCAGAGCUUCCAGGAAAAAUGUGAGAGCCUGACGACUAUUCAGAGAAAGCUUGAGGAGGAGUUAAUAUCCAAACAGCCUCUUAGUUACUCUAGCCUUCAGGAGAUGCUCACAGUACAUCAGAAGCUUGAGGCUGAGUUGAAUGUUGGAAACCAGCUUUUGCAGAGUCUUCUCUGUCAUGCAGUCGAGUUCAUGGACAAAGAAACACCAGAGAAAAGAUCUGAACUCAUCGCACAAGUUUCCCGUCUGAGGGACAGCUGGUCCAACACCUUGGCUCUGGCAGGCGAGCGCAGAUCCUCAAUAAAAGAACAUGUUGGCAAGUGGAGAAUCUACAGCCGUGGUUCAAAACUUUUGCAGAGACUAUUGAGGGACGUCGGACCCUUGCUGCCCCCUGCAGGACCAAAUGUGCACACAGUGCAUCAGCGUCAGAGCUGUGCAGAUGAUUACAAGUGCGGUGAAGAGGCUCUGCGGAUGCACUCCACUGUUUAUGAUCAGACGAUGGAGGCUGGAAGACAUUUAUGUGACGCCAUGACAGAUUCAGAGAGUCAGAGUCGACUGCAGUCAGAGCUGCAGGACGUACAGGAAUCCUGGGAACAAACCACCUCACUGCUGGAAAGGAGAAAAGACCUGAUUAACAACACUGUGCAGGAGUGGUCUCAGUGUCAGGAGAGGAUAACCAGCAUCAUGUCAGACAUGGGUGAGAUGAAAAACAGGCUACUGCAGCCUCAACGACCACAGGAUGAGGAAGAGAAACAAAUCCAGGAGACGGAGCUCUCUCUGCAGCGUUUGGCUGGAGGACUGAGGGAACUGGCCACCAUGAAGACGGACCUGUCGCAGUACGUUGCGGCCGGUGACUCGGCUCUGCUGGAGCAGCAGCUGGAGCAACUCCACGUUCAGUGGGAAGAGCUGUGCACAAAGGUAUCCUUGCGCCGGCAGGAAAUUGCAGACCGGCUCAAUGCCUGGACCAUCUUCAACGACAAGAACAAAGAGUUCUGUGAUUGGCUGACCCAGAUGGAGAACAAGGUGUGCCACAGUGGAGAUCUGAGCAUCGAGGAGAUGGUGGAGAAACUGAAAAAGGAUUGCAUGGAGGAAAUCAACCUCUUCAGUGAGAAUAAAAGCCACCUGAAGCAGCUUGGAGAGCAGCUGCUGCUAGCCAGUGACGAGGCCAAGCAGUCGCAGGUCCACGGCUCACUGCAGGAAGUCAACCAACGCUGGCACCACCUCUUCCACCACAUUGAAGCCAGGGUGAAGAAGCUGAAGGAGACUCUGGUGACGGUGCAGCAGCUUGAUAAGAACAUGAGUAAUCUUCGCUCCUGGCUUUCUCGUAUUGAAGCUGAGCUGUCCCGACCGAUCACCUACAGUGUGUGCCACCACCAGGAGAUUCAGAAGAGACUGGCUGAACAGCAGGAGUUGCAGAGGGACAUUGAGCAGCACACAGAGGGCGUAGCAUCUGUACUCAGUCUGUGCGAUGUUUUGCUGAGGGACGAAGAUGCUGCUGGUGGCAUCGAGGCGGAGAGUGACUCCCUGCAGGAGACCAGUCGCAGCUUGGACCAACGCUGGAGGACCAUCUGUGCCCUGGCUCUGGACAGGAGGCUCAAGAUCGAGGAGACGUGGGGUCUCUGGUGCAAGUUCCUUGAUGACUAUUCACGCUUUGAGGAUUGGCUCAAGAUGGCGGAGCGCACCGCUGCCAGCCCUAACUCUGCAGAUGUCCUUUAUACCGUCGCCAAGGAGGAGCUCAAGAAGUUUGAGGGUUUCCAGAGGCAGGUUCACGAGCGGCUGACCCAGUUAGAACUGGUAAAUAACCAGUACCGCCGCCUGGCCAGAGAGAACCGCACUGAUCGAGCCAGCCAGCUCAAAGCCAUGGUCCACGAGGGCAACCGACGCUGGGACACGCUGCACCGCAGAGUGGCCUCCAUCCUCCGCAGGCUCAAGUAUUUCACCAGUCAGAGGGAGGACUUUGAAGGCACCAGGGAGAGCAUGCUGGUUUGGCUGACUGAGCUGGACCUUCAGCUCACCAACGUAGAACACUUCUCAGAGAGCGACGUUCAUCAAAAGAUACAACAGCUCAAUAGUUUCCAGAAGGAGAUCACCCUCAACACAGAGCGUAUUGACGGACUGAUAGUGUUUGGAGAGGGUCUGAUCCAGAGGAGCUCCCCGCAGGAUGCAGCGCUAAUCGAGGAUGAGCUGGAGGAGCUGCACUCGUACUGCCAGGAGGUUUUCAGCAGACUGGUUCGCUUCCAUCAACGCCUCAGUCAACCUCCGAUAAUCAAAGAAGAGCCCGAGCUCUCCAGCACAACAUUUUCCUUGGAGUCCAGCCUGGAGCUGAUUGGCCGACCGUGGCUGGGGAGGAGCCUAGGAAGUUUUCCAGCCACACCCAUCCACCUGCUGGCCUGUCGUUCAGGGAGGGAAACCCCGGACUCCCUGCCACUAGAGUGGGACCACACUGGAGACGUGGGAGGGUCAUCGUCACAUGAGGAUGAUGAGGAGGACGACGAUGAUGACGAGGAAGGGAGAACUUACUUCAGUGCACUUUCAGAGGUGGAGUUGUUGGAGAGUCUGGAGGAGUUUGUCGAGGCCCAGGAGGCCCUCCGAGCCUCCUCACUGGUUUGCAGCAGGUCCAUGUCUGCUCUUGAAUCUCCGAGAUGGCGCUCACAGGCGGACGCAGAAACACAAUCUCUCCAUCCGGACUCAGAAGGUCACACUAAGGCUCAGCCCACUAUUACCAGCACGCCACUGAAGCCGGGAUAUUUGCGUCUCAUGUCUGAGUGCAGCGGCAGCAUCGAGAACAUCAAACGAGUCUCUCUGAUCCUGGAUGACGAGGAGCAGCCGGAGGAGCUCGGCCUGACGGGACUGAACUCCUCAGACAAACAGUCCGGUGUGAUUGAACGCUGGGAGCUGCUCAAGGCUCAGUCCAGAAGUGACCUGCGCCCUGACUCUCAGGAGUCCCAACAGUUCACGUCAGACCUCGAUGACAUCACUUCCUGGUUAGAGAGCGUGGUCCCACACCUGGAGCACCUCCAGCAGUCUGAACCAGCUGUCAGUAUAGAGGAGAUGGCAGCCAGAGCCAAAGAACUGAAGGAGAUGCAGAAGACAUUUAGUCAUUACAAGUCCAUCAUGCUGUCUGUGAACCUACGUGCUCAGGAGGCUCCACAUCUUCAGGAGAAGCUCGCUGGUAUGAACAGAGAGUGGAGCAGAGCGUGUACAGGUCUGCAGCAGUGGGACACCAGUCUGAGGACGACACUGAUGCAGUGCCAGGAGUUCCAUGAAAGCCUCCACUCUCUGCUGCUGUGGCUGGCCCACGCAGAGAGCCGACGCUACGCCGUGGACAUCAACAACCCGGACACAGCCGUCAAGGCCCUGCAACAGCACCGCAGCAGACUUACAGAUCUUCAGGUGGAGCUGCAAGGCAGACAGACUCAGCAGGCGUCCCUGCAGGCUCUGUGGUCUCAGCUGCAGCCUGAGGAUGAGGCUGAGGAGAGCGAGGAGGCGAAGGAGAAGCUUUAUGUGACGGGGAGCAAACUGAAGAUGCUGCUGAGGCAGGUGGACCUGGACCUCAGCAGCCUGAACCAGCGGCUGGAAUGUGAACCUGUAUCAGAUGUUCAGGGCCAAAGUGCCUCUGCAGACGCUUCUCAAGAGGCCACGAAUUCAAAGAAAUGCUCCUCUACUCAAAGAGAGAAGAGAGACUCGUCCCCACCUCGCUCCUUCUUCUAUCGAGUCCUACGUGCCGCCUUCCCCCUCCACCUCCUCCUGCUGUUCCUCCUGCUCCUCCCCUGUCUGAUCCCUAUGUCAGAGAGCGACCCCACCUGUACCACGACCAACAACUUCGCCCGCUCCCUCUACCCCAUGUUACACUACACCAACGGCCCCCCGCCCACAUGAUACCAGGGUAGUCUAAAACGUAAAGACAUGCGUGAUGAGCGAGAAACAUGAGCCUUUUUACACACUGAACGAACAUAUUUAACUAAUAUAUAUAAAGCUUUUAAAAUUAUCAAUGUCCAAAGUGCAUAAAUUGUAUUCUAGUAUCUACUUUUUAAAGAUUUGAUUGUGAACCAUUUAUUCAGUGAACAAAAUUGUUUGAGUGCAUUUUAAUCAGGAAAAACACCAAAUGUGAAGAAAAAGCUUCAGUUAGAGUUUAUAAAAUCCAAGAGUUUGAUGCCGUUGGAUCAAUAAAUCAGCCUUUAAAGGCUGCUAUCAUGGAGUCAUUAGAAGAUGCUGUCUUUGCUCUUGUUGAGCAAACUUAUAAAAACUACCCAGGAUUUAAAUUAGAAGGUGGAAACCAAAUUAAAAAAAGACUUUUCUUGCUUGAACUUGUAGUUUAAACCUGGUUUGAUUAAGUGUUUGUAUCAUGUUUUUAUUCAUAAACCACUCCUGCCAUGGUUUAUUUUAUGUCAACAUUUUAUUUUGCUUUUCUUAACGCUGUUAUUAAAGCGUGCUUCAUCAUUUUUUGACUGUUACAUAAAAAGUUUAUUUUUGCAAUUAAAAGGCACUGGUUGAA